CUUAUCAAUAGACAUGGAAACAAUGGCCAUUAUCAGCGAGUGAUAAGGAUAAGCUGGAAUAGAGAACAAAGGCGAAUGAAAAUUAGAUUGAUGUCCUUGAUAAAUAUGUUGAUUCCCUUGCAAUGCUCGAAAAUUCACAUGAUCAAUAAUUCAGAUGGCUCGCAUUGUGGUCAGGAUGAAAUGUGUUUGGCAGUGAGGGGAAAUGUGGAAUGUGGGGACACAUAUCGAUUUCAUUUGGAGCAGGAUAAUUGCGUGACAAUCAGCGGCAUAUGUUCAACAAUUUCAUUGGCCUUGCUCAGUUGCCAGUGAGGCAACAACGAGCACAGUCCGUGACAUUAACCUGGCUUAUUUGCAUUUAGCCACAAAGUGGUAUUUGAACAGCUCUUGGGAGAUAACUUUCCAAAUAUUGCAAUUAUCACCAAGAGGCAACGUUGUGAUAACUCCAUUAAUAGGUCGAGUGGCAACUUCAGUUCAAAAGCGCAUCGAAAAUCGAUGGAAUUAGUAAUGUACGGAAAACAAUUGUGUCUCUGUUUAAUGUUGUUCGUGCUACUGAUGCACGGCAGUCUGGGGCAGGAUGAGGAGAAGGAAAUGGAUACUACUGAAGUGGCAGUCGAUGUGGAAAUGACCACAGCCCAUGUAAUGCCAUCCACAUCGGAGGCACUGCAGCAGGAAGCAGCGGAAACUGAAGCUGCAGCUGAACCUGAUCCCGCAGCUGAGCCUGCUCCUGAACCGGAACCGGAACCUGCACCUGAUUCUGAACCUAAUGCUGACGUUGAUCCUGUGGCUGAACCUGCAGCUGAAUCUGCAGCUGAGCCUGCAGCUGAAUCUGCAGCUGAGCCUGCAGCUGAAUCUGCAGCUGAACCUGCAGCUGAAUCUGCAGCUGAAUCUGCAGUUGAACCUGCAGCUGAACCUGCAGCUGAAUCUGCAGCUGAACCAGUACCUGCAGGUGAACCUGAACCAGCACCUGGAAAUGAACAUGAGCCUCCACCUGCAGCUGAACCCGCAGUCAAGGACAUGGAAGCAAUUCCUACGAUGUCAGCAGAUUUGGAUUACCAGAACGAUGCAGUGGUGACUGAAAACUUGUCUGGAAAGUCAACCCAGAAACCCAGCUCAGAGGCAACAAUACCAACGAAACAAAAUCCAGUUGUAGAGUCCAAUUCUGGUCUUAAUUGUUACAGCUGCUCCAGCUACAAAAAGGGCAAGUGUGAUGACAAACCAACGGAUAAAUUGCCGUGCCCAACAUCCAGUAAAAAUGGAUGCUACACGCUCUUCAAGCGUGACAGCAAGUUAAUCAUGCGCGGUUGCGUAUCGGAGCUAUCGGAGGAGGGUGACAAAUAUUGCCGCAAGGAGCCGAAGCUCUGCAAGAUGUGCUAUGAUAGACUAUGCAACAAGGAGCUCGCACCUCAGCCAGGCUCAGGUUCAGCCAGGUUUAUGCUGACCGGCAAUUUGAUUUGGAUUUCCUGUAUGAUUGCUCUCUUUUAAAAAAUUGAGAUGCAGCGCUUAUUUUAAUUCAAUCUUUUAAUAUAUUUAGAAUCUAAUAAAAAAAUAUACUAAAAAUGAACUUUAUUCAUAAUUAAGCUGCAAUACG